GUGAGACUGAAGAAGAGCAGAGAGAGUCUCGGACACAAAAGAUCUAAAAACCGGACAAUUUCUAUUUUAGUAUUCUUGCCUCAACGUUGUUUGACUUGUAAAAGAAAAUUUCAGAUAGAUUCCGACCGGAUAAAUCGUCGUCCUUGCAGAUCCGAAUCCUCCCUCUCCUAUAGAUCUACAUAAAAUGGCGGGUACUUACUGAUUUCAGAAGAAAAAAGGACCCUUUGAUGCCCACUUUAAUGGCGGAUUCUCGAAAAGGCAAGCCCUUUUUCUUCUGCUUCUCCUUCUUUGUUUCGCUUAGUUUGCUUUUCCUUUUGCCGUCUUUUCCGGAUGCAUCUACUGCUGUCACCGCUUCCGAGUCCGAUCCGAUUUUGUCAGAGAGAACAGAUGCUUCUCCCGGAGUUGUGACCAUCAGCGAAUCCGAUAGUCAAAGUGUUUCGUUGCAUAGACUCGAGGAACUUGUUAGGAAUCUUACGGAAGUAGUUGCUAGGUUAGAUGCCAAAUUAUCUGAAGCUCCGUUUAAGGUAAAGAAGGAGAUCAGUCGUGAUGAGAUCGAAGAAGAAGGGGUUAGAGAGAAAGCCAAGGCUUUUUCCGUGACAAAAUACAGUCCUUUCUGGUCUGAGAGAUUCGAAUUCACAUCAGCUGUGAAAUUAGACUCCGACGCGACUUGUAUCAACGUGUUGCCGUUUCGAGAUUACCAAGGUUUAAGCAAGUAUUUCGCAGUUGGGGAUGCAAGUGGUAGGGUUUUUGUGUUCUUGAGAAAUGGGGAUGUUUUGGUUGAGUUUUUCACUACCUGCGAUUCACCAAUCACGGCAAUGGUGUCAUACAUGUCUGUGUAUAAGAACGAGAGCUUCGUAGUGACGGGUCACCAGAGCGGAGUCAUCUUGUUGCAUAGACUCCGCGAGGGCUCUAUCGGGGAAGAUUGGAGUUCAGCUGUGAUGGAAAAUAUUGGCAAAUUUGAUGGCACGGAUGACGGAUUGCAAGUGACUCUAUUGGAAGUGCAUCAUGUGGGUCGGGUUAGGUAUAUAUUGGCUACGGAUCUUAGCGGAAAGCUCACUGUUUUCACUGAGAACAGAACUGUUUAUGGCUCCGUUACCCCAUCUAGUAGACCGCUUGUGUUCUUGAAGCAGAGGCUGUUGUUUCUCACUGAGACUGGUGCUGGUUCAUUGGACUUAAGAAGCAUGAAGAUCAAAGAAUCCGAGUGUGAAGGUUUGAACCAUUCUCUAGCGAGAAGUUAUGUUUUUGAUGCGUCAGAACGGUCUAAAGCUUACGGAUUCACAUCCGAAGGCGAAAUCAUUCACGUAUUGCUCCUAGGAGACAUCAUGAACUUCAAAUGUAGAGUGAGAUCAAAGAAAAAGGUUCAAAUGGAGGAUCCUGUAGCGUUGCAAGCCAUCAAAGGCUAUCUACUUGUAGUCAACCAAGAGAAAGUCUUUGUAUACAAUGUGUCGACUCAACACUAUGUUCGAACCACGGGUCCUCGGCUUCUUUUUCCCGCUGCAUUGGAAGACAUCAGGUCAACAUUCUUGAGCCAUCGAGAAUCAUCGAAAACCACCUAUCACCAGAAGCUCGAAAAGGCAACUCCGUUGAUAGCAAGCGACCGUGAAAAGCUGCUUGUGAUGGGUUUAGGAGAUGGAUACGUCGCGACAUACAAAUCAAAGCUUCCAAUCUUCAAAGCGGAAUUCAACACGAUGCUUUGGAGCAGUCCUGUCUUCUUCUUCAUACUUUUCUUAUUUGGCGCUUGGCAUUUUUUUGCCAAGAAGAAAGAAUCUCUCACAGCUUGGGGACCUGACGAUCCUUUCGCCUCAACAACAAUGUCUUCUUCUUCUACUACAACUGCACAAAACAGUUCCGCAUUCGCUGAACCAAUCAGGAGAAACGACGACCACAUGGAUCUUCGAAGAAGGUAUGUUUCGCCAUCUCGGUAUCCUCCUGGACCAGCAACAGGAGCUUACCGUUCAGUGGGUUCUAACGACCCGAGCUCAAGAGCUCCAGUGGAAACAACUAACUACAGAACAACCGCACAGGAAAUGAAGUAUCGUGGUGGGUCAGGUCUUGAUUCAGCUGGGUUUGGUAAAAGAAGAGAGAGCUUGUUUGGUAACAACAACAAAGCUUCAGACGACGAAAGUUAGCUCCUUUUCUAUUAACCGUCGCCGUUUUUUUCAUAGUUCGUUAUGUUCUUUUCUACCGGUCAAAGCUUGACUUUUUUGUAAUGUGUAAAACUCCGGCGAAGAAAUAAUUUUUUUACCGGUAGCUUUGUUUCUCCGGUCACAUCGUAACUUAAAUUGUAUUGUAAUCUUCUCGUGGAAA